AUGUCGACUCCCGUGAGCCCCGUGGAGCACAAGCUCCCGCAGCGCUCGGCGACUGUGAGCAGUAGCUUGACCCGUCAAACCUCCAUCAGCGACAACGAGGCGAUUCCCGACACCGAUAGCAACGAGACUACCAAUCUCCUUUUGGAGCGCCUGCGGGCAUGGAAGCACAUGUGCGGAAACCUCGAAGACUAUGUUUCCACAACUGCCAAAAUUUCCAAGUCCCAAUCCAAGGACCACGAGAAGAUCUUGAAGACCGUGAGCGAUCCCUUGAAGGAAGGCAAUCACUUCAGUGCCAGCGCCGGUGGUAUCAAUGGCCUGUUCGAGAACAUGCGCAACAAUUCGCAGGGAAUGGUCAACAUGUACCUCGAGACUGAGAAAAACCUGAAUGGUAGCGUGCUCCCCACUUUGGAGCGCCUGCACAAGGAAAUCAAGAACAAAUCCAAGGAGCUCAAGUCGGGAGCUGCCAAGGGUGCCAAGGUCGUCGAAAAGGCCCGCCAGGCGACCCAGAAGCACAUCGAGCUUCUGGGCCAGCACUCGGCCUCGCAUGAUGCCGCCGCCAAAAACAAAAUUGAGACACACCACGACCCUUACGUCCUGCGCCGUGGUAUCAACCACCGCCUGAACAAGCAGGUCGCCGAGGAGAACAACCACCGCAAUGACAUCCUGGCUGUUCAAAACUCGUUCGCACAGUUCGAGGCUCAUGUUCUUCAAACCAUCCAAGGCGCGCUCGAACAGUUCUUCCAGUUCAUGGGCGGCCAGCUGGACCACCAGCGGGCCAUGUAUGCCGAUAUCCUGGCUACCGCGCAGCGCAUCCCAGCCGACUUUGAGUGGAUGAACUUCUGCGUCAGCAACGAUGCCAAACUAGUGAACCCCGACUCUCCCCCACGCUCCUUAUCGAGCAUCACUUUCCCCAACAUGGACCACCGCGCCACACAAGCUCUGAUCGAGGGCUCGCUGGAGCGCCGCUCGCGCGCUGUGAUCAAGGGCUACAGCACUGGUUACUACGUCGUGACACCUGCGCGCUACCUGCACGAGUUCAAGGACAACGACGACUUCCGCAAGGACCCCCUCCCCGAACUGUCCCUGUACCUGCCUGACUGUAUCGUCGGCGCUAUCGACGGCGUCAAGUUCAACGUCAAGGGCAAGGACGUGUCCAGCGGCAAGGUCGGCAAUGCCUUCCACACCAACACUGAGCUGAGCUUCAAGGCACACAGCCCCAGUGAUGCCGAGAAGUGGUGGACUGUCAUCAAGGACUGCACUCGUGGUACGGCCCUGGCCGCCGCGGCUGUGCCUCCACCUGCGGCUACCUCACCCGUCAGCCCUGUCGCCACUAGCCCCGCGGCUACUAGUCCCGCAGCUAUUAGCCCGGCCGGUGGCGCCUCGCAGACUCAGCCUCCUGUCUAUGCCGAGAAGGAGAAGGAAGCUGCCGCUGCUGAAAAGAGCGUCGAUGCCAAGGAUCACGCUGCCAGCCCAACUGCAGGCCUGAGCCGCUCGACUAGCACUGCCAGCCACUUCCACGGCUCUCCUGGCGGAUCCGCCGUGCAGGAGAAGUCUUAA